UACCAAGUUGACUCAUUAAUAAUGCCCAAUCAUGGCGACACGCAUUUUCUCUCACACCUGUCAAUCCAUUUGGAUAUUUUAUUAUUUUUAGCUAAUUACCACUUUAAGCAAACAAAAAACUAGAAGGGAAAAAAUCUCGCUCCCCAUUCCCCAAUUCUCGUUCAAAAAUGUUGCUUUCAGUUUCUACACUUUGAUGGAGGAGGUUUGAUCAUCGUUUCUUCUGAUCAUUCCUCUCUCUCUCCCAAUUCCCUUUCUGGGUUUUGAUCCUUUCAACGAAAAGUUAUCACCUUGGCCUUCUGGGAUUAUUUUUUUUUAUUCUUUUAUUUUUUUUAUUUUUUUGCCGGGGGAGGAGGCAAGCUGCUUGCUUAUUGCUCCAAAUUUCAUCAUUCUUUAAAUUCAAAGGAAUAUAUUCCGAAACUGGUACCAGGUUCGUGAGAUCGGAUUGGUAAAUUUCAAAUAGGAUAAAAAUUCUUCCCAAAGGCUUCACGGUUUGUGGACAAAACUACUCUGAACUGUUUUCAACUCCUCCUUUUGGUGUUGAGAUUUCUGUACUUGCCAAAAAAAAAAUAUUCUCUCUCUCUCUCUCUCUCUCUCUGCCCCUCUCUUUCUCAUGAAUCAUAGGAUUGUAGGCAUUGACAGUUUCAAGUAAUUCCUUCGGACGUUUAUGAAAUUUUGGCAGAGUUGUCAUUUGUUUGGAGAGAAAAUCUUUCCAAGGAAAACCCCUGCUUUCUCAAAUCCGUGAAAAGUGUUGACUUUGGUUUGUGGGGGACAUGAAAUUUCUGAGCUUGGUGGGGAAUUCUUUAGGGUGUUCUGCUUCCGGGGAGAGAUUGGUUUCUGCAGCAAGAGAUGGCGAUGUUCAAGAGGCCAAGGCCUUGUUGGAAUAUAAUCCCCGCCUUGCAAGGUAUUCCACUUUCGGAGUUCGCAAUUCCCCCUUGCAUUAUUCUGCAGCUCAUGGCCACCAUGAGAUAGUAUAUCUCUUGCUUGAGUCUGGAGUUGAUAUCAAUCUUAGGAACUAUCGCGGUCAGACUGCAUUGAUGCAAGCUUGUCAAUAUGGUCACUGGGAGGUAGUUCAGACCUUGAUUCUUUUUAAAGCUAAUAUUCAUAAAGCAGACUAUCUAAAUGGAGGUACCGCGCUCCACUUGGCUGCCUUGAAUGGUCAUACCAGAUGCAUUCGGCUCCUCCUCGCGGAUUAUAUACCAAGCAUCUCUGACUUUUGGAAAUUAUUGAAGUCAGAUGAUUGCAAGUUGACCUCAGAAUUUGAUCACAGUGGUCUUCGUGAGGUAGUUAACAGAACUUCUGAUGGAGGCAUCACUGCUCUGCAUAUGGCAGCAUUGAAUGGGCAUGUUGAAAGUGUGCAUUUACUCUUAGAAUUGGGAGCUUCUGUCUCUGAGGUUACCGUGGAAGAUGGAACUACGAUUGACUUAAUUGGUUCUGGGAGCACUCCCCUCCAUUAUGCUGCAUGUGGUGGAAAUGCACAAUGCUGUCAACUUCUGAUUGCCAAAGGUGCUAAUCUGAAUGCUCAAAAUGCAAAUGGAUGGACCCCCUUGAUGGUUGCUCGUUCAUGGAAUAGAAAUUGGCUUGAGGACAUCUUAAAAGAACCUCCAUCAGAAAACUUAGAAGUUCUUCCUUCUCCUUAUCUCUCUCUUCCACUUAUGAGUAUUGUCAAAAUUGCUAGAGAAUGUGGAUGGAAGACAAAUGAAUUAGCACCAUGUCUAGAUCCAUGUUCGGUUUGUCUAGAAAGGAAGUGUAUGGUCGCUGUAGAAGGUUGUGAUCAUGAGUUCUGCACACAAUGUGCCUUGUAUCUGUGUUCCACAAAUUCAACAACUUCAACAAGCACAAAUCAAGGUCCACCAGGUUCAAUUGCUUGUCCCCUAUGCCGGCACGGCAUAGUCUCCUUCGUCAAGCUUCCAGACACCAGGCCUCUACCAAAGCAAACCAUACCAAGAACAGCAAACUUGUCUUUAACAUUCUGCACCUGCUCUAGCGACGUUCUUGAUGAUCCAACCGACAUGACUACCCCAUUUUGCUUACCGUCUUCGUCAUCUACGCCUUCCUUGUCGUCAUCAUCACGGGCCUCCAAGACUUCUCCGGGAAAUCUUCGCUCCCUCGGCGGCCAGAAGUUCUCCUCAUUCAGCUCAUUCAGAUUCAACACCGGCCUCUGUCUUGGAGCGGACGUGAGCCCUUCAUUGGUUCCUUGCACAACAAGCAGGGACCUGAGGAACCAUUUGGGCAGGUGUUCUGGUUCUGGUUUCAGAAGAUCAGCUUCUCAAAGGGAGAGAAGGAAGUCAUGGUUUUGUUCACUCAACCAAUCUGUUGCCACAGGCAAUGGAUGCUGAAUUAUUUUUGGUCUUUUUCUAUGUUUUUGUUUCCUUGUUCAUCGUCACAGCAGAAAAUAUAAAAGGCUCUACUCUGUACUCAACAAUGUACAACAAUUUUAUCACAAUAUCAUCUACUCCAUGAAUUGCCUUGUAAAUACAUACGUUCAUGUUUUGGCAAAACAUCUCACAAUGCAAUUCAUAGGUUCAUGUUCCAUUCAAAUAUAUUAUA